AUGUCUGGAGAAGUCGAAAGAUUCACAUUCCAAGCUGAGAUUAAUCAGUUGAUGAGUUUGAUCAUCAAUACUUUCUAUUCCAAUAAGGAAGUAUUCUUGAGAGAACUCAUUUCCAAUGCCUCUGAUGCUUUGGAUAAGAUCCGUUAUCAAUCAUUGUCCGAUGUCUCUGUUUUGGACUCAAAGAGAGAGUUGGAGAUUAAGAUCAUCCCAAACAAGGAAGCCAAGACUUUGACUAUUAUUGAUUCCGGUGUUGGUAUGACCAAGGCUGAUUUGGUAAAGAACCUCGGUACCAUUGCCAACUCUGGUACCAAGUCAUUCAUGGAGCAACUCCAAUCUGGUGCUGCCGAUGUAUCUAUGAUCGGUCAAUUCGGUGUUGGUUUCUACUCUGCCUACUUGGUUGCCGACACUGUCAUCGUCCACUCAAAGAACAACGACGACGAGCAAUACGUCUGGGAGUCAUCUGCCGGUGGUGAGUUCACCGUUGCCCUCGACCACACCGAGCCAUUGGGUCGUGGUACCAAGAUUGUUUUACAUAUGAAGGAAGAUCAACUCGACUACUUGGACGAGCAAAAGAUUAAGAAUUUGGUCAAGAAACACUCAGAGUUCAUCCAAUACCCAAUCUCCCUCUACGUCACCAAGGAGGUCGAGAAGGAAGUUGAAGAGCCAAAGACCGAAGAGAAGACCGAAGACGAAUCAUCCAGCGCCAAGAUCGAAGAGAUCGAAGAGGAUGAGGAGAAGAAGGACAAGAAGAAGGUCAAGGAAACCACCCACGAAUUCGAGAUCCUCAACAAGACCAAGCCAAUCUGGACCAAGAAUCCAAAUGACGUCACCAAGGAGGAAUACACUGCUUUCUACAAGUCAAUCUCCAACGACUGGGAAGAGCCAUUGGCCCAUAAGCAUUUCUCUGUCGAAGGUCAACUCGAGUUCAAGUCGAUCCUCUUUGUACCAAAGAGAGCCCCAUUCGAUUUGUUCGAAUCAAAGAAGAAGCACAACAACAUCAAGUUGUACGUCAAGCGUGUUUUCAUUAUGGACAACUGUCAAGAGUUGAUCCCAGAGUACCUCAACUUUGUCCGUGGUAUCGUCGACUCUGAAGAUCUCCCAUUGAACAUCUCUCGUGAGACCCUCCAACAAAACAAGAUCCUCAAGGUCAUCCGUAAGAAUUUGGUCAAGAAGUGUCUCGAGAUGUUUGCCGAGAUCGCCGAAAACAAGGACGACUACAAGAAGUUCUACGAAGCCUUUGCCAAGAACUUGAAGCUCGGUAUCCACGAAGACACCCAAAACAGAGAGAAGUUGGCCGACUUGCUCCGUUACCAAACCUCAAAGUCUGGUGACGAUUUCGCCACCCUCAAGGAGUACGUUGCCCGUAUGAAGGAGAACCAAAAGGACAUCUAUUACAUCACCGGUGAAUCAAAGAAGACCGUCGAGAACUCACCAUUCGUUGAAGCCCUCAAGAAGAAGUCCCUCGAAGUCAUCUACAUGGUUGACCCAAUCGAUGAGUACGCCGUCCAACAACUCAAGGAGUUCGACGGUAAGAAGCUCGUCUCCAUCACCAAGGAAGGUUUGAAGCUCGAGGAAACCGAAGAGGAGAAGCAAAAGGCCGAAAACGACAAGAAAGACAACGAAGAGCUCUGCAAGGAGAUCAAGGACGUCCUCGGAGACAAGGUUGAGAAGGUCGUCGUUUCCAACCGUAUCGUCCAAUCACCAUGUGUUUUGGUCACCGGUGAAUUCGGUUGGUCCUCCAAUAUGGAGCGUAUCAUGAAGGCUCAAGCCUUGCGUGACAACUCCAUGUCCACCUACAUGACCUCCAAGAAGACUUUGGAAAUCAACCCAGAUCACCCAAUCAUUGCCGAGCUCCGUAAGCGUUCCAAUGAAAAGGCCAAGACCUUCAAGGACUACGUCUACUUGUUGUACGAAACCUCUUUGUUGUCCUCUGGUUUCUCUUUGGAUGAUCCAAACUCAUUCACCUCACGUAUCCAUCGUAUGAUCAAGUUGGGUCUCGAAAUCCAAGAUGCCGCCGAAGAAGUCGCCACCUCCUCCUCUGAGGAUAUGCCACCAUUAGAGUCUUCCAACGAAGCCUCCCAAAUGGAACAAGUCGACUAA